AUGCCGUCCGAUUCCGCCGCACCUAGCGUAAAGGCAAGGUAUGAUUCUGCGUUGAAAAGGUUGUCUUCUUACAUGGAGACGAUAGGGAGGAAGCGUGCGCCCGAGGACGCGACCUACACUGAAGUUAAUGCCGAGUUCGAUUCCCAAAGGCUCGAGACGUUGUUGGAGUCCACCACCACAGCGUUGUGCAAUUUGAUGGACGCAUCCCCGUCCACGGGCGAAGCUGUGGGUCGACUUCAAACGGUCCAAGAUGAAUGCAACAACGUUCUUUCGCAAGCUGAUUGCCUGAUCGCCGAGCUCCAUAGCUUGGCAUAUACGAAAGUCCCUCCCUCUAAGGAAAAAUCGGAUGAAGGUUCAAAUAAAAAAACGCCUAAAAUAGAGUUGUCCACGUUUGAUGAGGAAAAUCCUGAUAUAUGGUUUAGCCAAUUGGAAAUUCAGUUUUUAGCAGCCAAGGUCGUGGACCAACAUCAUAGGUUUGCUCACCUCAUUCGUUUCUUAGAAAAACGCCAUUCAGUCCGCAUCAAUCCAAUCCUCCAGGAGCCGUCGGACAAGCCGUAUGACAAGGCCAAGGCGCUGCUACUGGACCAGUACGCACUGUCCAGGGAACAACGCAUCCACCGAGUUUUUUACCAAGAAUCCCUCGGUGCAGAUGAAAAUGCAGCGGACAUCCUGGCACGUGUCAGACCAUUGCUCAAGGACAUCUCCACGGCAGAUCUGGAAAAAUUUAUCAUGUAUAAGAACAUGCCGCAGUCAAUCAAAGCGCAUUUAGCAGAGCAUUUUGAUGGCGUAGACGCAGAAGAUUUUCAAAAACGAUGCGACAAAUUAUUAAUCUCCGCACGACAUUCGGCUUCAUCGUCGCAAGCAAACGUCGUGGCGGCCACUUUUAGCAAGAAAAGGGCCGGGUCCGAUUUUUCAAAGAAGUCGGCGCCGACGGCAUCUUCAGCAAAGAAGCCUUCGGUUUGUAUGUUUCAUCGUAUGUACGGCGACGACGCCCACUCCUGCACGAAGAGAAAAUGCUCUCAGUGGCGAGAAGGUCUGCGUUUUGUCAAGUUCGUGUCAGUUCCGGAAAACGAGAAGGGAACGCUGACGCAGGAGUAG